GAUUUCCUAGUGACGUCAUCGCGCCCAGGCGGAAGAGGCGGGAGCAGCGAGCUUCCCCCCGGAGGCUCACGGGUAGAGGUUUAAUCCCCGCCCCUGCGGCCGCCUCUUCCUUUCUCGGCCUGGCCACAGCCGAGGUUGGACUUGCUGCGCUUGCUGCUGCUCCCGCUGUACCUGCAGCGCCAGCCCCCGACCACUGGGACCGCACCCGACUAGAGCUCAGAACGCCAGCAUGCGCUACGUGGCAGCCUACCUCCUGGCCGUUCUCGGCGGCAACGACUCCCCCAACUCCAAGGACCUGAAAAAGAUCCUGGACAGCGUGGGCAUCGAGACGGACGAGGAGCGAUUGAAAAAGGUCAUCAGCGAGCUGAGUGGCAAGAACAUAGAGGACGUGAUCGCGCAGGGGAGCAGUAAGCUGGCCUCCAUGCCCUCCGGUGGUGCUGUUGCUGUUGCUGCCAGUGCUGGUUCUGCUGCCCCAGCUGCUGGUGGCCCUGCUCCUGCUGCUGCUGAGGAGAAGAAAGAAGAAAAGAAAGAGGAAUCAGAAGAGUCUGAUGAUGAUAUGGGCUUUGGUCUUUUUGAUUGAGCAUCCACCCUGAUCCUUGAGCAAAUAAACCUUUUAUUUAAGAA